AUGGCUCGAGUUUCGAGGUGCCGCCGACGAAGUUUCAAAAUGAGCCUCCGCCUCCGACUCUGCCUCCCGUCCGACCUCGGGCUUCCCCGAAGAACCGAGUUUUUAGUCUCCGUCGGCGGACGUCCACACCAUAGAGAUAUUUCUCGGCCUCCUCCAUCCUUUCUCUUCCACUCUCAAGCCGCCGUCGGUGGCACUGGUGUAGCUCCUCUUCGCCCUCUCCUCAACCAGGUUCGGUCAAGCCUUUGUUAA